AUGGAGGAAAGGAACAUGGAGAACCUAAAUGGGGUAGCGAGAGAGGAAGACGACCCGGACGACGCCUCGCAUGCAGGCCACGAGUGCCCCAUCUGCCUUGAAAAAUUCGAAUGCGAGGAAAUGCACAGGCCGAAAGUCCUCACAUGCGGGCAUUCCAUGUGUUUCUCGUGUAUUCUUCAAAUCCUGUCGAACGGAGACAGCUCGGCGAUCACCGAGCUUCACCAGCGGAUCGUCGCUUAUUCGUCGUCUUCCUCGUUCGCGUUUUCUGCACUCGGGGACCAUCAGGAUGAGGGGCGUGGAGGGCGCCAAGGCCUCACACGAGACGAAGAAGCCUACGCAUGCAUGAGAAACGCCGCACACUGCUCCUUCUUUCAGUGUCCCUUGUGCCGCCGGCAGUCGCGAAUCGCAGCAGACAACCUCGCCCUCCUUCCCUCAGGUGACGAGCACGCACGAAAGUCGCGGCGAGACGCGCAAGACAAGAAGAAAGAGACCGCGGAUUCGAUGGGCAGUGACCAGGCGUCAGACGAAGCCGAGAAGAGCUGGAUCGCACGGGAGAGAUGCCGGCGCAGGGCGAAGCGACCGCUCUGGGAGGAUGCGCAAGGAGACAAUGGAGACUUGAAGACGUCAUGCAGGAGACACCCGAGCCAGGCGAUCAUCGCGUACUGCCGACCGUGUGCGAGUCUCGUCUGCGCACUGUGCGUCGCGGGCGAGGACUCGCCUCACUAUCUUCAUCCUCGGACUUCUCUCGGAGGCGCAGCGACCGCAGUCGCAGAGAGUUGCCAGGUCAUUCUGGCGCAGCUGGAAGGCCUCGCCGACGACCUUCGCUCGAACGCCCAGAUGCGCCUCCGUGCAGAGCAGAUGCUCGAGGACGGCUAUCGACGUGCGUUCCAGCGAGGCGUGCAGCGCGUGGAGGAGCUACGGUGUCACCUAGAGAUCUACGUCACUUGCGCGGCAUCUUGCCUCGCCGACGCCUUGAGUGAAGCUCGCGCGCAAAGCUUAGAGAUGCACAGACGCCGAGGUGAAGAAGAAGAGAGACUUCUUCGCGUCGCCUCCACUGCCGCCGCUAGCCUCAAGACACACGUCAACCGCCUCGUCUCUGCUUCCCCUUCCUCCCGUUCAUCUCCUUCCUCUUCGUCUUCCUCUGGCGUUUCCUCGGUCUUCACGGGGGGACAGGAGACCAGGGGAGACGAGACCGCGCGGCUGUCCCUUGACGGGCGGUCCUCAGCAAGAGCCGCUUCACCACUGGUCGGUCGUCCUGCGAAACGCGCGCAUGCGGGGUCACUUCCCGCCCCGUCUUCUUUGUCUUCCUUUUCUUCCCGCUCCGGUCCUCUUUCCGAAACGUUUGCAGAAGGGAGGGAGAACGUCUCAGAGGAGCGCCUUCGUGUCUUCGCUGCGCUGUUGCCGGCGCUUCGCUAUGCGGACGCGACGCGGCGGUUCGUGGAGCAGGCGAGCUCAGAAGAAAGCGCGAGAGAGGUCGAGCGCGCAGGCGAAAUCGAAGCCCGCUGCGCCGCCCUUCUCCGGACGAGGUUAGAGUCGCUCAAUCACGUUGGCGGCGGACUCGCUGUUCUCUGGAAGACUCCGCGCGGCCAUGCUCCGGCUCAGAAGGAGACAGAGGGAGAAGGAGAUGCUCGGGAGAGAGCGGGGGCGAGAACAGAGCCGGCAGCAGGGGAGGGCCGAGGAGACGAGAAUAGAGGCUCUGACGAAGAGAAAAGGAGAAAGCGAGAGAGAGGCGAAAGGAGAGAAGAAAUGGACGGCGUGGACGUCGACGGGCACGAGCCUGCCAAGAGCGGGAGAAGAAGGCAACGGGGCGACAGGGAAGAAAAGGAAACGCACGCAUCGAUGGAGGCCAACAUGCCGGAGAGGGACAGGGUGCAGAGUGAGGACGAGCACGAGACUGGGGGAAAGAGAAAAAGUGAAAAUGAGAAAAACAAUUUCUUUUGUCGCGUCCCCUACGAUGUGUGUCUACAAGGCGGUCUGACCCUUCCCCUCAUGGAACUCGUCUACCGAGAAUACCCUCGGUGUCCUCAUGCGGAAGCCGUUUCUGACCGCUCGCGUGUCUCUUCUGUGCCUCCGCCCUCGUUCGUUACACCGCACUCUCGCGCCUCCGUCUCGACGUCUUCUGCCUCUUCGCCUCUGUUUUGUUCCGCUCCGGCCGGCUCUUCCGCUUCCUGUCCUGAGGCAGGUGCCUCACCUUCUUCGCCCGCGUUCCCCCCUUCAAAUGGCUCCUCUCGUCUGCCUUCGUUUCCUUCGCCUCUCCCGCGCGCUCCACCGUCCUCAUCGGUUCCUUCUGCGUCGUCCUUGUCUUCGGACCCGUCCUCUUCUUUUUCUUCCUUAUCGUUUCCGUCUGCGUCAUCCACCGAUGCGUCUUCGUCCUCUUCUUCGGGUUCUCUGUCUCUCUCCUCUUCUUUCUCUUCGUCGUUGGCUUCGCCUUCUCUGUGA